AUGAUGUCUACUGGGCUGGAGAAAGUGGAUAUCAUAGACGAUCCAGCAAAAGCUUGCAAAUUAAUUCAAUCUUUCGGUCUUUCAACGAAAGGCUUGAAUUCACUAGAUGAGAUGAAGAAAAAACUUCGUGAACAUUUAAAAGGGUUGGAAGGGACUUCGUCGCGAAAGAUUGGAGAGGUGUGUGAUCACAGUGACACUUUUUUAGUUCAGACAUCACAGAUAUUUGUGCAGAAUAUGGUAAAUUAUCCGACUAUAUGUAAAUCUAGGCUGUUGGAGUAAACAAUGUUUCGCUUGUUAUGCUGCUUUAAAGCAAAUUUAUCCAUUUUUAUUCGUGCGUAAUAUUAGGAAUGGUUUAAGAUCAUAAUGAUGUAAAAUUCAAACGAAAUAUCAACACUGAACACAACUCACGGAAGUCUAAACGGACAAUCGUAGCUUCUGCAUGGAAUCAUUACGAUCAUUGACCAAUAAAUAUGUGCAGUCAACCCGUAAAUACCAAAAUGGCUGCUUAUUGAACGACUGGGGCCAUCAUCCACCCGAACAUCAAAGCACCUAUGCUUAGGUAUCAUUUUUCGAAAUUCUAUUUAGCCUUGUACUCCUUUAAGUCUUUGUGAACUGUUAGAUAGCGAGAUAAAUUCACAAAACAUUACCAUGAAAUACGUGAUCAAGAAUACGGUAACGCAGGAAUGUAUCGAUGUACCGCUAUACCCAGUGCUUGUUUCGUUUGGCUCUCCCAGACUGUAGAUCGAUAGCUUUAUUUUCAUUUUUAUUCAACAGUUAAGACCUAUUGGCUCGUAGCAAUAGUGACGAUUUCAGUCCUUUUUUAAAGCUCUGAGGUCUUCGUAUCCUCGGAAAGAAUAUUCAUACAACUGCAAAAUUACCUGAUCGAAAAGGGCAUCCCCUCUCCUCAUAAGAGUUAUGUCCAUAAAUAAGAAUUUCUUUCAAACUUAUCAUUGUGGAUUGAGAACGUGGUCGAAGUAAUAUUUACGUGUUCCAUGGAAUAUUUAGAAGAACUGCUUGGGGGUCAAGGGGGACUGGUGCUUACUCGCAGAGAGGUAGCCCGGCUAGUCCAAAGCACAAAAAGAGUGACUUCUGUUUAAAGCAUUAAACAACAGCUAAGUGUUUGCAAUGGGUUUCUCUAUAAAAAAAAAAAAACCGCGUCAAACAUGCUGCAUUUAGCGCUGAUUUACAAUAUUGAAGCUCUCGAGGUGUUCAAAAUUAGCAGUGUUAUUAGUCGUGAACUCAGGCGGCUUCCUAUGGGAAAAACAGUUUAGCAACGUUAUCCAUGUUCACUUGGAUGAUAUGUAUUUAGUCCUAACUACCUUCAACAAUUUUGAUUGAGAUCUUUUUACUUGCAGACACAUGAAGUUAUCUCCGAUGCUGGUAAAUCGGACGCUGACAAACGCAGAAAGUUACUCGAUCUAUACAAAAGAACUGAGCAGUUCAUGGAUCAGUUUGAGGAGGAUUUUUUGGAAAUACUUCAGAAAAGCUUCGAAGACCUGAACAAAUCUUUGCAAGAGAGAAAGAAGAAUGUUGAACCAAGUGAUCAGUAUGUUGUUCUUGUUGCAGGUUUGUUUUGCUGUCAUCAGUUAAAGAGACAUCGGCCUCAUCAUGAUUAUAACUACUUUAUUAACUUAGACUUGGGAUUCAGUCACAAUCGUUGUGGAGGCCACCAGCAUCUUAAUUCACCCUCCUUUGCAUUUCUUUAAUCGUUAAAAGAGAAUAUUAUAUAAUUGUUUAUUCAAAAUUAUUUUAUGUUUCUCUGCAAGAGAGGGCAAUAUCCAUAAAUUUCUAGAGUAGUCUGGCUUUUGUUUGUUUGUUAUCAUGCUCUCGCACUUAGCCACUAAUUUGAUGAGCCAGUUCAAGGUGACUUAAAUCUUGUUCGUAAGUAAUGUUUUUUGAUCUUGCUUUGACGCGUUCCAGGCCUAGAUUAUGCCUAGUCAUUGACUUCUAUUUUAUGAUUCCUCUCUUGAUUAGGUGAGACUAGCGCUGGAAAAAGCAGUGUCAUUAAUCUCAUCUUGGGAGAAGACCUUCUUCCCUCUACAACAUUAAGCACCACGUCCACAAUUUGCGAGCUGAAAUACGGAGAAAAGUUGAUGGUUGGUGUACACUACAAGCCUAAUGGAACAAAAACUCCAGAACCAGCUUUUCACGAAUUGAGUGAUGGAAGUAAAACCUACAAAGAACAAAUAGAGAAGUUUGUGUACGUCAAAGAAGAUCGAGAGAAAACACCUUACGAGAAAAUUGAACUGUUCUUUCCGCACCCUUUGUUUAAGGUACUAACAAAGUUGAUAGAUGAAGCGAAAAAGUUAUGACCAAAUUUCGAUAUAAAAAAAUUCAGGAUCAAAAGUAAACCUCUGCACGUAGCUCUAUGGAAUAAACUAUGAAGUAAGAUCAUGAAGAUUGAAACUGCUUAUUUCUAAAAAACUUUCGCGGCGUGUGAGGCGAAGAUAAUUUCAGUGAAAAGGACUGGUAAAUGCUUGUUCCAAACUCCAUGGUUUCUUUGGUUUCAAUGCAUUAAGAUAAAGGUACGAGAACCUUGGUAAGUUAAUGGCUUACCAUGACGAAUGGUUGAAAAAAAGAGCUUUUGAGAAACGAUGGUCAUGGUAAUUAAUAUUUCAAUGAAAUCAUCUACAAAAAUAACUCACGGAACUUGUAAAAAGUAAUAGGACAGCGAAUCUCAUUACGGAUUCAUGUUUCAAUUUCAGGAGAAUGUCAUGAUCGUUGACAGCCCUGGAGUAGGAGAAAGCGAUGUCAUGAGUAGUUUUGUUCUCAACUACCUGCCGCGGGCCUUUUGUUUCAUGUACGUUCUCUGUGCGUCGAAUGCUGGAGGAAUUCAGCCCGACAGGGUAAGGACAAGGAUUACUGGGUAUUACAAACCUAGUCAGAACAAAAUUCUCGAACGUGAUUGGUUAUCAUCAGCCCGAUUUGAGCAUUAAUAGGACAGUGUACGCGUCAUGCUUGUAAUUGGACAUUGUAAUAGGACAGUUAAAGGGACAGUUAACACGUCAUGCCAGUGUAACUGGACAGAAUAGGGCGCUGGGUUAACUGUUGCUUUUUUUAUGAAAGCAAAUAACCGACGUCUAGUUUCUUCCUCAAAUUCUGUCAUAGUUUUGAUUAAUUGUUAACAAGUCUUCGUGUCGUCCAAUUCUGUCCGAAAUCAUACUCGUUUUUUAUUAAUUCAUAUGAUUACAGAUCGAAAUUGGACUCCACUCGGUCCUAUUAUCAUUAAUAAUCAGUUUAGAGGAGGUUCAUUAAAAGUGGGCUUCACAUCCACAGGAGAAUGACACCUAAGAAAGAAGUACUGUUUUCAUCAUUGCUUUCAGUGAUUCCUUAAAAAUAUAGGUUUUGCUAAAUCUCAGUUUCAGCUUCGAGCAAUGUUUUAAAAUGAAAAAGAGAUGUACACUAGCACGCUAAAGAAAAGAACGAGCUUUUAACACACUAGCUGCGUGUAAGUUACUUUCUUCAUUAACUUCGCAGGCAUUGUCUUGCCUCGCACGGUAGAAACAAAGGAACGUGUUAACAUCUAGCUCGCAACUUUGCACGAUAUAACACGGUGACCGUGCCAAUUUUAUAGCACGCUUCUUAAAAUUAAAGUUGCUUUCGAUUUGUACAAGAAGUAAGUCCUAAGCUUUAAAGCUUUUUAGCUCACCGAUACGCCCGGCCGAUAUACGAUACACAGUAUUCAGAACAAGUAAUUCGCCAAACAUAAAGGAAGAUCUCGAGUUGUUGUCCAUUAUUUAAAACUGUCUUUAAGUUUCUUCAUUUUCGAAUUCGACAUUUUCUUAAAACAGCUUGCAAAACACGGGCCGAACGAGCAAAAUCCUCUGCUCUUGAAAUCGUACAUGAACUUUUGAAGGUAGCAAGCACAAGCUUUUAAAAUAAUAAGAGCGAACCUACAUGAUGCAAAGCAAAUGGCUAAAGGGUAAACUGUGCUCUCACCGUAUCAUCAAAACUGGCAACACAAUUUGCUGAUUGGUUUUUAAUGCAUUGCAAAUACACAUUCUUCUUCACAAAAAUUAUGAAGUAUUACUUGGGAGGAAGGGGAAGGAUCAGCAUACAUGUACAUGGGAAUAACCCUUUUAUAAUUCAUCAAAUAUUUUGGCGUGCGCGCGAUUGGUCUAAACACACCACGUGACCGAAUAUCAUCCAACUAAAACUGGGUGACAUUCAAGCAAUAUCCCUCGAUUUUCAAACCUUACUUCAGCUACGGUAAGUCUUAGUUUCAAAUUAAAUUGGAGACGAGAGAGGGUUUUGUGGUGGUUACAGAAGAAGGGAGAUUUUUUUGUUUAUUUAGUCGUAUUAGAGAACACUUAAAAGAAAACAUCCCAAGCUGUUCGUAAAAUUUUUUCCACGCACUUUGCAAAAUAUUUGAAGGAUAAUAAACACAAUAGCCUCUAUUAUGCGCUAAAACAUGUACUUAUGCUUGUACUUGGACAUAAUCUGUUCCUCGAAGCUCACAAUUUUCCUCGAGCUUCGCUCUCGGAAAACUGUUCGCAUGUUGGAACAAAUAAUGUCCGCGGACAAAUAUCCGUGCAUAUUUUUGCACCACAUAGAGGUGCAUAAACAUAGGUAUUUUCCGAAAUAUCCCAUCAGCAAUUGGCUCUAUAUUUGCGAGCGCAGGAUAGCUGAAACAUUUCUUGUCAGACCUUAUUUUCCACGCAUAGGUUUAAGAAGUAACUAACUAAAAGUUGAAUAGACGUUUGUCAGUUUUCUUAGGUCUUACUUGAUUUUUCUUUUGUCUUUUAAGUUAGGAAAGCUACUCACGAGCGCUCAAAAUCUGAGGAAAAGUGCCAACUUAGAUUUGUCACUAUCAGCUGCCUGUACGCUGUUUGUCUGCAACAAAUGGGAUUUGGUUAAGAACAAUGAACGCGAAGAGGUGAAAAGGGAUACGGUCGGAAAGCUUACAAGAAUACUUGGUAACCUGGAUCCGAAAUCGCAGAUUGUCUAUUUGUCGUGUAAAAGCGCGCAGUUAGCUCAGACCUAUGGCGUAGUGACAGAGGAUUUCAGCAACCUAAUAACAGGGAUAAGUAAUCUCGUAGUCUCGUCCAUGAAGAAUAAUCUGCAGAUGAAUACUAGGUAGGUGGACUUCUAAUAAUUCUAAGAUAAUAUCAUACCGAUUGGUUGGGAGUGUUUUCAUCGUCAAUUUUGAGACUUUGAAGCCCUUUUUUUUCCCACUUGAGUACUCUUCUUUGUCUGCAGAGGUGCAUCCAUUAAGGAUAGAAGGAAAUUAAGGAAAACCACCAUGAUAAUUUUUAGCGUACGGCCCGAUGAAAGAUGCCAUUUUGAAUUCUUUUGAUAACUCAUUUACUUAUGCAAAUAUUCCCGCCUUUGUCCCACACCUUAAUUAAACGAACAAAAGAUAUAGUGAAAUUACGCAACUGUGCGGAAAAAAUCUUGUAAGAGGAGUAGGGGAUUGUCCAAAAGUUACACGGCUUUAUUUUUCUUCGAUGAAAAUACAGCAUUAAGUGAAGCUGACGAGGAAAUUACAAUUUUUUCUUGCCUGUGCUAGAAGCUCCUCUUGAAAGAAACGGACGACUAAAAAUGUCCAAACACGCACUUUUCAGUACGGCUUAGCAAUCCGACGUGUAAGAUGUCAAACUGUGUUGUUUCUAUGCGUAAACAAUGCUGCAAGAAGACAGUGCGAACGUAGCAAUGGCCUCUCGAUCGUAAAUAGCUGAUUUCAUCGUACGAUUGUUCAGUUCUCACUUUUUAUUGAUUUAUUUCAGCUGUGGGGAUUAUCAGUUUUGAAAUUGAAAAAUGCACAAGAUACUUUUGGUGAUGAAAAAAUAUAUAUUUUGCUUUUUUGUCUCUGACUGAGGAAUCAGGUAAAAGAAACGGUAUGCAUCACACUUGUUGUGAGGUGCAAUUAAUACCCAGGAAACUCUUGCUUUUCAAUUAAAAUUCCAAGAAAUUAAAAUUUUUGCAUUGAUUGUCAUUUCAAUUGUUUAGCAGUUGUAGUUAUGACAUAAAACAAUUUUUAUAUUAUUAUUUAUCAGAUGGCUAGAGGAUCUUCUCGAUCGCAUGUCUCGUCAAGUCUGCAUAAAACUGAAGUCGGCAAAAAUGUCUCAUCAGGAGACAGAAGAAAAAAUCAAGAGAGUGUUAAGACGCAUGGAGGAGCUACAGAAUUCUCAGAAACGUAUAUUUGACGAACUUAGUGAGCAUCAGUCGAAAAUAUUUGAAGACAUCCUCGAGAAGCUGGCUUUGCACUUUAAAUCGGAGAAAACUAUCUCGAGCUUCUGCAAAUGGUCUAAAGAUGAAGUACCCAAACCCCUUGAAACAUGGCCGGAUACAAAGAAUGAGGUGUUAAAGUACGUCUCAGAGAGAACACACCAAUUUGUCAAGCAAUGGGAAAACGAAGAAAACGAAUUUGACAGAGCUCGAGUGUCAUUGAUCCAACAUUGUUGCAAAAAGUAUGAUAUAAUGGAGGAAGAAAUGCGCGAAGUAGCAGAAGAUUUUUUUUUCGUGGACGAGGUGGACGGCGACCUUCCACAGGACGAAGGUGGAGAAAAUUUGAAACGAUCUAGAGUAAGAGGAAGAUUGCCAACAAGUACUGCUCCUCCAUGGCUUCGGCAAGGAUUGGCAUCAGUGGUGAUAGGGUCUCCACUUAGCAUGCUCGGAGCCAAACUUAAAAAGAAGCUCCACUACAAACCCAAACUGGACAGGUUCCGCGAUGACCCAUGUGCCUACAUGUCAAAGCGAUCACGGAAAUGCCUCAAAGUUAUUUCUACUCGAGACCGCUUGCUUCCGUUCAUCAGUAAACAACUUGAAGACGCCGUAUUGUACCUAAGACGGAUCAAGGAGAAGAUUCCAAAGCUGAGGGAAGGUGACGAGCUGAUCUAUCAACGGCUACUUGAAGACGAGAGGGACAGUACUGAGAUUCGGAAGAUCUACGAGCCUUUAAACAACGAACUGGAAUUUCUGAGACGCAAUGUAACCGUGUACACUCUGCGAGAGACCAGGCAGUCGGAUUUCGCAAGAGAAGAGUUAAAGUGCGAUGUUGAAAAUUUAGAUUUUUUCAUUGGAGGAGGCAGCUUCUCCACAGUGUUUAGAGGCAUUCUUCAUCGCAAAGGAUCGCCAGAGAUUAUGGUUGCAAUCAAGAUGUACAGUGACCCGCUUACCAGUAACAACGUGUGGCAUUUUGUAGACGAGGAACGUGCUUUAAGGUAUGAAUACCCAAAGACCAUUUUCUCUGAUACAGUUGUGUUCUUUUGACAGAUCAACUGUCGUGCGUGGUGUCCUGUAUCAGAUUUUGCAUGGUACCUAGAGCCGGAAAUGCCAUAACUUGUUACGCAUGCGAUUAAAAAACGAUUGUGUCCCUGCUGCCUAGAAGUUUAAUGGCAAAUGAGGCUUUUAUCUUUGUCUUAGAAAACUGCACCAUCCAAACAUUGUCGGUUUUUAUGGAACCAAUUUGCACCACAGCCCCAACGGCACUAAAGUGAUGAUCGUCCUCGAGCUUUGUAGUUGCUCUCUGAGAGAUCGAGUACUUUCCCAUCCAGAGGAUUCACCCGCUCGAUCGUCCAACAGCACAGUCAAAAAGAAAGUCUUAUCCUGGGUGCAACAUAUCCUAGAGGCUUUGCAAUAUAUCCACUCAGAAGGAUUUGUUCAUCGAGAUUUAAAGCUGGAAAAUGUGCUGGUAAAUGUGUAUUGAAGUUGUACUCAAUUUUUCAGUAACCAAUUGACAUGUUAGGGGCGAUUUCCCUUCCUCAGUGAAGCAUAGCCUUUUUACCCCUCCCCCUUCCCCCUCCCCUAUCAUUUUUUCGAAAAGAAUGCAGCCUUCAGACGCACUACAUGCCUUGAUCUAUAGUUGUUCAAGAGUGGGUUCGGGGAGGAGGGUGGGGGAGGGGGCUUUUUGGUUUCUUGUAACUGCAAAUGAUGUCUUGGUGAUGAAAUUUGUAUGCCUCAAAUUAAGGAAAUAAACCACCCGUUUCCCUAAUCUCAUGCAGAAGAUUGCGUGCCAUGUAAAAAGAUACUGCAACUUUAUUUUAAAUCAAUGGCAGACAUUUUGGGCCGAAACUGAUUAACAAGAAGUCUAAACCUUUGUCGUGGCAUUUGGUGUUCGACACCAUGAAACACGAUCUUGCAAUCAACCAAAAAAGCAGCAACGUCACACUAAGCCAUUUAUAGUUUCCCCUCUUCAUUACAAUUUUUGUGACUAAGUUUAACUUUUUUCUCCUUAUAGCUGACGCAAGGCGAGAAAGUGAAACUUGCAGAUGUGGGAGUAGCUAAACAUGAAAAAGAAAUAACUGGAACGAUGAUCGGAACCUCUCUGUACCUGGCCCCUGAAGUGUUUGAGGGUCGAGUCUACAACAGCAAAGCUGACAUGUAUAGUUUUGGCUUUUUACUUUGGGAAAUAUGGUAUGGUGAGCAAACCUUUCAAACGGCCAUGACAACCUGCGGAGUGUAUCAGCUCGAAAAGAUGAGACAGGGCUGCCGACCUGCCCACAUCGAAGGCACGAACCAUCCAUGGGAAAUAUGGGAGCAUGUCAUGACUAAUUGCUGGAAUGAAGAUCCACGUGCCAGACCGACAAAAAAAAAAAGCGCUGGAAAGUUUUAA